GCCACCAGCAGAUGUCACACGCUAGUCAACGCGCUUUACUCACGCCCCGCCCCUUAAAACGCCCCUUGCCUACCUCAUUAGAAACGUAGCCAGUCUCAGAGAUGGCGGAAGUUCGGAAACGUCAGCGUGUGCGGGUUAAAGGAAAAGGUCUGUCUAAAGCCUCUUCAGAGAAGGAUGAGGACUCGGGGAUGGCGGCCGAGACGCUGACAGUGUGCUUUAAGCUGGUCGCGGCGGCUUUUUAUGGAUUCAGUUCGUUUCUCAUCGUCGUGGUGAAUAAAAGCGUCCUCACCAACUACAGAUUCCCAUCUUCAGUAUGUGUGGGGCUGGGACAAAUGCUUGCUACUGUCAUUGUGUUGUGGGCAGGAAAGGCACUCAGGGUAAUCAGCUUUCCUGACUUUGAUAAGAAUAUACCUCGAAAGACUUUUCCUCUACCUCUCCUUUAUGUGGGGAACCAAAUAACUGGACUGUUUGGCACAAAAAGACUAAACUUACCAAUGUUCACAGUCCUGCGACGAUUCUCCAUUUUGUUUACAAUGUUUGCUGAGAGCCUCUUGUUAAAAAAAAAAUUCUCUAGACCAGUCCAGUUGACUGUAUUCGCCAUGAUACUUGGAGCUUUUGUAGCUGCUAGCUCUGACUUGGCCUUUGACCUCGAAGGAUACAUUUUUAUCCUGUUCAAUGAUGUGCUGACAGCUGCAAACGGAGCAUAUGUAAAACAGAAACUAGACUCAAAGGAGCUGGGAAAGUAUGGUCUGCUGUAUUACAAUGCCCUUUUUAUGCUUCUUCCAACACUGGCCUUUGCGUAUUUCUCUGGGGACCUGCACAAGACAAUGGAAUAUGAGCACUGGUCGGAUAUGAUGUUUGCAUUCCAGUUUGGUCUAUCCUGCAUAAUGGGGUUCAUUUUGAUGUAUUCCACAGUUCUUUGUACACAGUACAAUUCUGCACUCACCACCACCAUUGUUGGUUGCAUAAAGAAUAUAGUGGUAACCUAUAUUGGCAUGGUAUUCGGAGGAGACUACAUUUUCACAUGGACAAAUUUUGUUGGCUUGAACAUCAGCAUUGCUGGAAGUCUGGUUUACUCAUACAUCACCUUUACAGAGGAACAAUCAAGUAAGCAAAAUGAGAGCCCAAGCAAAAUGGACAUGAAAGGAAGGGUGGUGGUGUGAAAAAAAACAAAACAAAAAUAACAAAAACACAACGGACUGUGCUGCUCCAGAGUCUUCAGAGCAUUAUACAGCAAAUCUGCAGGAUCAGAAAGUGAUGGGAAUGGAAGCACCAUAAGGCUCACCUUCCUUCAGGCCUGUAUCACACAGCAGUCUACAUUUCCUUGUGAGUCCAGCAGCGUAUCAGUGAGAAAAUUGUUUUGAGGUGUCUGUCUUUGCCUUACGGAAUGAGAGCCUGUUGUUGAGACUGUGAAUAUUCCACAUUUUAUUGUUUUUACAUUUAAUGAUGUAGCUGAGGUUUUAAAGGGGCUCUUUUUUUAAGAGUGCAGUGAUGCUCUGAGUUGUAGCAGACACUGUUUUUAAAGUUUCGUAUAACAAAAAGCACAGUACCACCAGCUUUUGCUUAGCGCAAAGGCCUUAGAAUUCAUUAUCCAUUGCAGUGUUCCUAGAUGAGGUACUAUAGUACCAUUGGUAAUUUUAACAUAUCUGUUUUUUAAAUAAGCAUUUCCUGACACAAUUCAGCUUUGGCAAGAUUCAGACCCACAUUUCAUUUUCAAAAUCCUGAUCAGGAUGAUUUAGAUCUAUAAGAUUUAGCUUAUAAACUUUAUUUUUAAACAAACUUCCCAGAAGGCUCAUUUAUAAGAAAUGAUGUGGUGGCACCCUGGGUAGCGCUGCUGUCUCAAUGAUCCGGGUUCAUGGUAGUUUUCCUCCCAAAUCCCUAAAGACCUCUGUUAAGUCAGCUCUGAGUAGCUCUGUGUAAACGAUGUGAGUUGGCCCUGUGAGAGACCAGUGCCAUGUCCAGGGUUGGUUCUUGUCUCAUGCGCAAUGCUGCCGUGACCCUGAAGUCGAUUAAGUGGGUUUGAGAAUACAUCAUGUUUGUACCGAUAGCAGGAAUGUGCGUAACACUGAUUAAUUUUAUUUAAAUUAAGCAUAGUCACAAUUUUUCAUGUCAUUGGCCCUUUUAAGUUAAAGGCUGCAUUUCUACUACAUUGCCAGGGCUUGUCAAGGCUAGAAGGCCCAGGAUUUGCUUUUGUGCUUUUAAUUAUUUGUCACAGAAGUUGAAGUUUUAAACAAAGGGAAAAAAAGAGGUCUGCAAAGUCAGUCUUGGUAGACUGUAGUGGCUGCAGGUUUUCACUUAAUUAGAAGCCAGUCUUUGUCAGUAACAUCUUUUUUUAAUUGUAUGGCUUAUUAAUAUUUUCAUUCUGCCAUCUCCAGUCAUUCUUAUAUCAUUCCCAAUGAUGUAAUCCAAAUGAUUUGAAGCCUAAAAUGGGUGGGUAAUUCUCCAUCCUUUACUUUUUUCUCUUCAGUUUCCUUCUAUAUAUUUUAUUAGAUAAAUUUUGUUAAUCCCAAGGGAUAAUUUAGAUGCAUACAAAAGCAGAAACAUAAAAGUGAAAUUAAUUGAACCCGAGAGUUCAUGGCUCUGAGGCUAGGGAUGUGCACUGGCAAUCGGAAGGUUGCCGGUUCGAAUCCCGUAAAUGCCUGCUCUGUUGGGCCCUUGAGCAAGGCCCUUAACCUGCAAUUGCUGAGCACUUUGAGUAGUGAGAAAAGCGCUAUAUAAAUGCAAAGAAUUAUAAUUAUUAUUCAUAGUAAUUACACAUGGGUGUAAAUGUAGAUCAAGAACUGCUGGUUCCUUUGUCACUGCCAUCUUACUGCUAAUAAGGAGCACUUAAAAAUAAUGGACACAGCCGUUUAAGACUAAAAUAAGCAAUUAAGGGUGAGGAAUCGUAACAAGCGAGAAGACUAAAUUGAAACAGAAAGGUUUUACUUGAGCAAUUAGAGCUUCAUCCACAAUAACAAACAUCUUAGCCAUCAGGUUGGAACAAAAACCUGCAGCUGCUACAGCCCUCCAGGACCGACUUCACAGACCCCAUCCUUAAAGCAUAAAAUGUGCCAUCUCCGCCUGUGUUGCUGCUGUGGUUAACAGGAUGGCACCCUAAAGGGUAGAAAGCCUGACAGGCACUGGAAAUCAGCUUGAGACUUUAUAAAAGUCCACCUUAUGAUGACUUAACAACUACUAAUGGAGUUGAGCUCUGUAAAGGCCGCUUUAGAACAAUGAAGUCUGUCGAGAGAGGGCACUCUAACAGACAAAUCCAUUGGUUCCUCUUUUUGUCUGGAUGUGUUAAUGCACAGUUCCUAAAUGGCACCCGUGUGCUUCUCACAGAUCUUCAUACAGAAUGACAAAUGGCUUGCUUUUGAAGUUGUGAACAAAACACAAAGCGGUUCUUCCGGUUUUAUUAAACCGUCAUUUUUUCUUUCUUUUUUUCCUUUUGAAAUAUGCACUUGAAAAAAACCUUUAAUAUUUCUCCAGAGUAUGAUAAAAUAGUAGUCUAGAAUUUCCUUCCUCAGCUGGCCAUUGCCCAAGCAUGUGGUUCAACAGAUCCUUUCACAUUAGCACUUGGGCUAUGACCCAAAAUAAGGUGAGCCGAGUAAAUGAUGUGAAUGAAGUUUGAUUUAAAUACUAGUCUGAUUUACAAUCAUGUGGCUUAUACACCCAAGUAUCCGUGCAACCACAUAGACACGGUAAUUGUUAUACAAUAAAAGCCACCCUACUUUGACGUUCAGAUGAUUUUACUGUAUGUGCAGCAAUUUAAAAUACUGAAUCUUAAAUCAUCAGUAAAGGGUUUAUUUCACAGUGCUCGUCAUAUGAUAGAUGUCAUCAGCUAUUCUACACUUUAAAGUUUUAAAUGAUUAUGAAGACCUUUGUGACUGACAAUGAAAUGCAUUAAACUGAACAGUAGAAUGGCAUACCUGUGAGUCAUUCCGCUUCUGGACGUUCCCUUUUAGUGGAGUGCAGGUGGUGCACAAUGUAAGAUAUCUUCAGAAAGAUCUAGUUGUCACUCGCUAUCUAGCUUAGCACCUAUCCAUCCAUCCAUCCAUCCUUGCAGGGCUGGUUAAUCCAGUCGAGACAACCACAGUCAUCUGCUCCAAGGAAACAAAGCAAAUGUUAAAGAUAAGUGUACGAGUUUAGCUUCUAACCCAGGUAUGUUUUAGCAGGGUUUGAGUUUAGACGACAAGCCGCCGGGUUGGAUUGAGACUCAUUUUGGUGAAUUGGCAAAUUAAAUGCAUAGCCUGGUGAGCACCCAGAAGUGCUUGGUGAUAACUGGUAUUUGGUUUCUAUUUUAAUUCAGCCUGUAAACCGGCCAGGUGUGACUGAGUGUGCUCCGAGAUGGAAGGGCACUGAAAGUGGCUAACCUAGGCGCCAUCAGGGAUGGAUUAUUACUUUGUUAAUAAUUUACUGAAACGAUAUUUAAAUUUGAACCAACAUUGGCAUAGCAUAAAAUAAUGUUAAGAAACACCACGUCAAGUUUUCAUGUGUAGAAGUGUAUUUUAGCAGUGCAGUCUCGUAAUAGCUUAUCGGUCAGUUAAGUUAUUUGCUUUGAAGCCGUACUGCUAAAACAACCCCAUUUGAUCCUUAUCUCACAGAAACAUUGAAAUGUAGCUGCAGUCAGACACUGUUGUACAUUCAACUGUACAGAUGGUUUCUUUACUUGGAACGUUUAGUGAUGUCUAUAAUUUAAUGAAGCCGGUGGGAAAAAUGGUCAUGUGUUUUUGUGUCUGUGCCAUGUGUUUAUAUUUAAAAACCUUUUAAAAAUAGACAAGAUAUUUGGACAACUUGGCUAAACAAACUGUCUUUGAUGGACAGAAUGGUCUCCUUUUUGUUUGUCAAGCAUCUUGCAAUGUUCUCUAAUGCAGGAUGCCAAGAGAGUACAAGUUAACCUCCUGAAAGAGAUAUAGAGAUAAAGAUCUGUCCAUUCUUCACCUAAAGCAUUCUGCCUGAGUCAUGGUUAUCAAGUUUACAUUGUGGUGAAAUUCUUAGAACUGUGAGGUACACUGGAAGUAAGGAGUGGUCUGUGUUGGAUGGAACAUCAAAUAUCGUAUAGAGUAUACACCCAGAAAUGUAUGGUAUGUAUGUAUAAUUGUUUAAGUAUAAUCAGUUGUGUAUUAAGCAUACAUACAGUAUACAACCACACGUUUACAUAGCUGCACCUGUGCUCAUUUAAGUACAGUGUCAAUUCUGCAUAUAUUAAUCGCUUUGUAUAUACAGUAUGUGUGUGCAUGUAUGUAUGUGUAUAUAUAAUAUACAAAAAUAUAUAAAAAACAAUAUAAACCAAAGCACAUGACGUUACCCUGUUGUAAACAUACAGUGGUGAAGCAAGGGUUGACUGUCUUUUGAAAAUUUUGCAUGGAUAAACACAACAAACGAUGUGACAAAAAAGCCCUCAUCUUAGACAAAAGCUGUAAUCCACCAAGACAAUGAAAUUGUUAUCCAGAUUACUUAA